AAGGCUGGAUCAUUUAAGACCCAUACUCUGGACCGGAGCCUUCAUACAGAAGAGGCCCAGUUUCCUAAAUGGUUUUAACCUGAAUGACCAGAAUCUUUUAACGCCGUUUUUCACAUGUCUUCCUCUUGUUCAUCCCUUUAUCGCCGGCUUCACGGCCUCUUCGCCGUCAAGCUCAAAACUGACAAGCCUAAAACAACCUCCUUAAAAUCCAAACAACAACUUCAAACCAUUGUUGACAACUUCAAAAAAUCAUCGGAAUCUCCUAAAUUCCGAGGGCACCACUCCAAAUAUAAAACCGCCGUUCGUCGCCUUGACAACAAUUAUUCCGCUAUCCAAGGCAUUUUUGAGCACCAAAAGCAAUACCCUGAAAUUACUAAUGAGUUCUUUGUCUCCCGUCUUAUACUCUUAUACGGUACAGCAAAAAUGUAUGAACAUGCCCGUAAACUGUUCGACGAAAUGCCUAACCUAAAAUGUCAGCAAACUGUUUUUUCUUUCAAUGCCCUUUUGGAAUCCUGCAUAAGGGCAGAGAAGUACGACACAGCUAGAGAAUUGUUUCGGGAAUUACCUGAGGAGCUAUCGAUAAAGCUUGAUGUAGUGUCUUAUAAUACUUUUAUUAAGGCAUUAUGUAAAGCUGAUUCUUUGGAUUCUGCUGUAAGCGUAAUGGAUGAGAUGGAAAAUCAGGGAAUUAAACCUGAUAAAGUGACUUUCAAUACGCUUUUGAACGCGUAUCUUGAUAGUAAAAGAUUUUCUGAAGCGGAAGAUUUGUGGGUAUUGAUGCAAAAGAAGAAUGUUGUUGCUGACUUGGGGAGUUACAGCGUUAGGUUACGAGGAUUGGUUGAGAAUAACAAGGUUAACGAGGCGAUUGAGCUGUUUGAUGAGAUGGGGAAGAAAGAUAUCAUCCCAAAUGCUUACUGUUAUAACACGAUGAUCAAAAUUUAUGUGGAUGAUAGGAAUUGGGAGGAGGCGAAAGGAUGGUAUGACAAAAUGGUGGAAAAUGGACGUUAUCCGGAUAAUGCAACAUUUGAAAUGCUCAUUCAUUUCGCUUAUGACAAGGAUAAUCUUGAUUUUGCACUUGCACUGUGUAAGAAAGCUUUGGAUUCAAAAGUUACUGUUCGUAAUGCAACAAUGCAGAGGGUAGUCAAUGUCUUGGCUGAGCAUUCUAAGCUAGAGGAAGCAAUGGAGCUGGUGAAACUGGCCAAAUCAUAUAAGCGAUACCGGUAUAUACUUUCGUUGCCUUCGCUUCAAUAGUUAUGCAUUUUAUGUGGUAGUUUACUUGCAGUACCUUUUUUUUUUUUCUCUCCGAAACUAUGUUUUUAGGAUCUGUCAAUGUGUUUUAUUAAUUGCCCUUAAAGAUUGAAGAUCUGUCAAUGCUUCAGUUGAUCAUGUAAAUAUUUUGCUUAUAGCAAUUGUGGUCCAUUAUUA